CCCUUUCUGCACUGUCAUGUCCUGCCCCAGGAGUGGGGCCACCCGAAACGCUCUGGACUGCGAGCUCUACCUACUCCACCAGCGGGGAAGGGAAGGGAAACAGAUUAGACAGAAUCGCGCCUCAUCCCCAGCAGCUGCGAGCAGCUGUGCCCAUGGGCAACGCGCAGGAGAGACCCUCGGAGACCAUUGACCGCCAGCGGAAACGCCUGGUGGAGUCGUUGCAGGCCGACUCCGGGCUACUGUUGGACGCGCUGGUGGCACGGGGCGUGCUCACCGGGCCCGAGUACGAGGCGCUGGAUGCUCUGCCCGAUGCGGAGCGCAGGGUACGCCGGCUGCUGCUGCUGGUGCAGAGCAAGGGCGAGGCCGCCUGCCAGGAGCUGCUGCGCUGUGCCCAGCAGACUGCGCGCGCGCCGGACCCCGCCUGGGACUGGCAGCACGUGGGACCUGGCUACCGGGACCGCACCUAUGACCCUUCGUGUCCAGGCCACUGGACGCCUGAAGCACCCAGUUCGGGUCUCACAUGUCCCGGGCUGCCCAGAGUUUCUUGUCAAGAUGAGGCCGGGGGUUCUGAAGGCUCUGAGGCAGUACAGUCCAGAACCCCAGAGGAGCUAGAGCUGGAAGCUGAGGCCUCUGAAGAGGCAGAACCAGAACCCCAAAUGGAUCCGGAAAUAGAGCCAGAACUGGAGCCUGAUCCAGAACCGGAACCGGAGGCAGAACCAGAGCCUGAUCCAGAACCAGAGCCGGAGCCCGACUUCCAGGAAGCUGAGGAGGAUGAAGGUUCCUGAAGCCCAAGAGUGCUGACCUGUCCUUGCCUGCCCAAGCCCAAACUGGAUAAGACCUGGGACUCUACCAAAGCUCGAUCUGAUACCAUUUCCAGCUGGCCUGCUGGAAGUGAAUAAACUCUAUAGAGGGUUGGCCUGGG